AUGUCAGCUCCGUCGGCGUCGGCCGCCGCGACGGUGUCUCCACGCCGGGAGCUCACGAGUCAAUGCAUCUGUCCCGCGGCGCUCUGGGGCGUGCGUUGCCGCCGGCAGCGCGUCUACAGCGGCUGUCCCUUCACGCACGAGGUGCCUCCUCUCGCACGCAUUCAUUACGAUGCGCUGAGAUUGGAGCGCAUUGCACGCCUCCAGGCUGAGAAUGCUGCGAAGGUGCGCAGCGCGAAGCUGGCGCCGAGGCCGCCCGCACCCGUCGGUGACCAUAUCGAACGGCUUCGCGCCGAGGCCGUCGUGCAGUACGACACGGAUGCCCACCCGCUUGGGCAGCUCAUUGCCGCAGUGCUGGAGUGCAUGCCUGGCGAAGCGCUCUCUGCGCUCCACCUGCGACCGCUGCCCGAGGAGCCGCCGCUCUGCCCGACACUACUGCACGCCUUUCGGCUCAACGGUCGUAAGCUGCCAAGCGAGUUCACCAACCUGAUGGGCCGCGGUCGAAAUCGCAAGCUCCUUGCGAAACUGUGGGCAUCGGCAGCUUAUCGUCGGUGGCUCGAUGGCUACGACGCGUGGGUGCGCGCGGUGGUGCUGCCCGCAGCGGGCGGCGAUGCGAUCUAUUACCAGCGGCCGCCCACGCUCCGUGUCGCGAUGCCGUCGGUCGCCGCUACGAUUGGCAUCCAUCGCGAUGCCGAUUACCCGCGCCACCAGCCAGCCGAGAUCAACUGGUGGUGUCCGCUCGUCGACGUCGCCGAUUCGAGUGCGCUUUGGCUCGAGUCGGCCCCCGGGCGUGGGGACUUUGCGCCACGCGCCCUCCGAGUCGGUGAGGCGCUGCGCUUUAACGGCUCGCUCUGCCGCCAUCAUACGGUGGCCAAUCAGAGCGGUACCACACGCGUUUCGUUCGACCUGCGUGCCAUCCCUGCAGCGGCCGUCGUUGGCGAGCCGCCGGAGCGGAUCGGCGACUACGAUGUCGCUUUCAUGGCACCGUGA